AGAAAGUGCGAGAGAGAGAGAGAGAGAGAGAGAUUCUCAGUGCACAUUAUGGCGUCUCACCGAGUCGGGAUGGGGUUUUUCCGCCGCCUCCUGUGUCGGAAUUCAGCAGGCGACGUUGCGUGUGGGAUUUCUGCGGCCGAGACGCCACGCAGCGUGUAGGGCGAGACGACAUGAAGGACGAGGAGAAAAGCGCCGAGCGAAAGAGCAGCGCCGGUGCGGAGGAGGGGCGGAGCGGGAGCGGCUCGGGGACGUGGCCGAGCCCGGGGCUCCGAGAAGCGGCGUCGAUACGCGUGUCGAGCCGAGGAGGAGGCGGAGGAGGUGGUGUUGAAGGAGGAGGAAGCGCCGCUGCUGCUCCUGCUUCUUCUUCUUCUUCGGUUUCUUCUGCGAAUGCGACUGCUGCAGGGAUCCGGGUUUUAAAGCGUAACAUGAAGCGUAACGGCAGCCGGGCCUGUGUGAGCAGGAAGACACGAUUUGGCUCCCGUGAGAGGGACUGGCUAAAGGGCGAUGCCCAGCGUGGGUGUGUAUGUCUAUAUGGAGCCACCGAGGUUGUGACCCCGGGACCCCAAACUUCGUCCACAACCCAGCCCGACCUCAGACUGGUACUCUGUUCCACCAGCACUACAGCAGAGGAGCUGUGUGCUCAACGUCAUGGCCAGGGCCUCUACCUGCAGCUGCACGGAGACCUGAUCCGGAGGCUGGAUCCAUCUGAGCGUCCUCUUCAGAUGGUGUACGAUUAUCUGACCACUAUGGGCUAUGAAGAUCCUAUGCGGGUCCAGCAGGAAGCAGCAAACUCAGACCUCAGCUGCAUGAUUCGCUUCUAUACCGAGCUGCCAGCAAAUGCUGACCAGCAGGAUCGAACACUCCUGAAGGGUGUGUUCAGUGUGCGCAAGGGCAAGACGCAGCUCCACAAGUGGGCGGAGCGACAGGUGAUCCUGUGCGGCACGUGUCUUAUUGUAGCAUCCGUGAAGGACAGUCUGACGGGGAAGUUGCACAUCCUGCCUCUGGUUGGGGGGAAGGUAGAGGAAGUGAAGAGAAGGCAGCACUGCCUGAUGUUCCUCUCGGCCGGACCUCAGGCUCACAACUACUACGUUAACUUCGACACACUCGCUGAGUAUCAGCGCUGGCAUCGGCAGGCCUCGAAAGUGGUGUCUCAGACUAUUAGCUUGGUGGAUUUGUCCUGCUACAGUCUGGAGGAGGUUCCUGAAUAUCUCUUCUACAGCCAAGAUGUCACACACCUUAACCUGCGCCAUAACUUCCUCAGUCUUGAAGGUCCUGGAGGUCUUUGCAACUUUAACAGGUUCACUCAGCUGAAGAGCCUCAACCUGUCUCACAACAGACUAGGCGUGUUUCCCGAAGCCUUGUGUGAAAUUCCGACUCUAUCCGAGCUCAACCUGUCCUGUAAUGGUCUCGGCUCCGUGCCUACUCGCAUUAGCAACCUCCAGAGCCUGCAGACCCUCUUUCUGGAUGGAAAUCACUUAAGCUCUCUGCCUGAUGAGUUGGGGGACCUGACGCAGCUCUGCAGUCUCGGGCUGUCCUUUAACACAUUCCCUCACAUUCCUGCCGUGCUGGAAAGGCUGAGCGCUGUGGACCGGCUGCUCAUGGCUGGGAACCGAGUCGCAUCCUUGGAGCUCUGUAGUCUGCUGAGGAUGAGUCAUGUCAAGAACAUCGACCUGCGACUGAACGGGCUCUGUAGUGUGAAAAGUGAGACUUUGGAGCCCAUAAAGCAGCUCAUCCAGCUGGACCUGCGGGACAACCGGCUGACCGAACUGGACCUGAGCGCUGCCUGUAACCUGGACACUCUGCACUGUGAGCGCAAUCAGCUAAAAGCGCUCACACUCAGCGGCUUCACGCUACGUAGCCUAUAUGCUAACAACAACUGUUUAUCUACGAUCAGCAUCUAUCCCGUUCCUAAUCAGUUGACGCACAUGGACGUGUCCUGGAAUGUUCUGGAAUAUUUGCCUGACUGGGUAUGUGACAGCAGAAAGCUGGAGGUGCUGGACGUCUCGCACAAUCUGCUGUUGGAGCUGCCGGGCAGAUUGCUCAGUGGUCUGAGUCUGAGGAAGCUGCUGGUUGGCAGUAACUCGUUACAGCGUGUGCCUGAUUUCCUAGAUCACAUCCCUCUGGAAACCCUUGAUCUGCAGCACAACAAGCUUACUGAGCUCCCGGAGAGCUUCUUCUCCAAGGCCUUAAAUUUAAAAUACCUGAAUGUGUCUGCCAAUGCGCUGGAGACAAUCCCGCCAAGUAGCCAAACCGAGGAGAGCCUCAGCACCCUCCAGGAGCUCUACCUCACCGGGAACAACCUGAACGAAAACUGUGCCAACCUGCUGGUGGGACACCAGAAUCUGCGGGUUUUACAUGUGGCCUAUAACCAGCUGCUGUGUUUCCCUGCAAGUAAGUUGAGCAAGUUGGAGCUUCUGGAGGAGCUGAACAUGAGUGGCAACAAGCUGAAAACUGUCCCCUCCACCGUGUCCAGCUGUAAGAGACUUCACGCCCUCAUCUUACACUCCAACAACAUCAGUGUCUUCCCUGAAGUCCUGAAUCUGCCUGAGAUAAAGCUGGUGGACAUGAGUUGUAAUGAGCUCACUGAAAUACUGCUGCCUGAUUCGGUCCCAGCCACUUUGCAGGAACUCGACCUGAGCGGGAACAGCAGCCUAAUGCUGGAACACAAAACCCUCAACCUGUUCAGUCAUAUAACUACUCUAAAGCUGGACCAGAAGCCAUCUCUGAGCGUGCAGGACUCGGAGGGCUCGUGCGUUCUCUGGGAUCACGGCUACGCUGAGAUGAGUGGCCAGAGGAACAAGUUGUGUGUGUCCGUGCUGGCCAUGGAUCGAUUCAGGGAUGGUGUGGAAGCGGUUUACGGGAUUUUUGAUGGUGACCGGAACGAGGAAGUGCCGCGGUUGCUGCAGUGCACCAUGGGAGAUGUACUGGCUGAAGAGCUUCAGCAUAGCUGCUUGGACAGCGUGUAUAUGUGCAACACAUUCCUAACAUCACACAGAAAGCUGGGGAUGGCUGGGCAGAAGCUCGGAGCAUCAGCUCUCCUGUGCUACAUUCACCAUGAGUCCACUGAAUCGAGCAGCUAUUUGCGUCUGACUGUGGCUAACGUAGGAACCUGUCAGGCUGUGUUGUGCCGCAAUGGUCAGCCGCUGGCUCUGUCCAAAGUCCUUAGCCUGGAGCAGAGUGCAGAGGAGAUGGAGAGGGUCAAAACAACCAAGGCAAUAAUCACUGAGGACAACAAGGUGAGUGGUGUUACAUGCUGCUCUCGCCUGUUGGGAUGCUCCUAUCUGUUUCCCUGGGUCCUUCCUAAACCCUGGGUGCGAACUGAAUCCCUUUGCCCUCAAGAUGAGUUCCUGAUCUUGGGUAACAGGGCACUUUUCCAAUAUGUGUCAUACCAAGAGGCGGUGACAACUGUGCUGGCCGUCCGAGACCCUCGAGCCUCUGCGAAAAAACUUUGCACACUUGCCCAGAGCUACGGGUGCAAGGACAAUGUUGGGGCAGUAGUUGUGGCGUUACGCAUUGGCGAAGACAGUUGUACCUGUGAGCAUCCGCACUCCACGGAGGUCCGAGGACCCCCGGUAUCUAAUGCUAUUCCAUUAUCUGUGCCACCUCUUGACCCGGCCACUUCUUCAUCAAGUAGUGGCAUUGCCUCGGAAUUUAACAGUGAGACAUCUGCAUCUGAGGUGGGAAGUGAGGCUGGAUCCACAGCUUCUGACGAACACGCUUUUUCAGGUCCAAAUGCACGGCCUGAGCGCCGCUGCAGUUUGCACCCGGCUGCCACGCUUUGCAACACUGGAGGUCUGGGAAGCCUUGGAGCCGGGACCCACAUUGCUCUGUUUCAGCGCCAGCCAUCCUCUGCAACAUUUUCCAGCAACCAGUCUGACAAUGGUCUGGACAGUGAUGAUGAAGCACCACUGGAGGGUGUUAUUUCCAACGGGAGUAAGUUGGAAGUUGAGGUGGACAUCCACUGCUGUGCUUUCCAACUUCGCUCUGGGCGUCCAGAAAGCCCUAAGGAUCUGGAUUUCCGCUGUUCCGACUACAUCAACAGCAAGAUUCGUCGUCAAAAUAGUGUGGUGGUGUCAACUGCUAAUGGCUGCCUUCUUGCUGUUUGUGGACGAGAGAUCUCAGACCUCAAGAAAUCUCCCUCUACGUCUAGUCUGUUUGGGAAGAAGCUUUCUAACGGUUCAGUGGUGGCACCUGAGGACAGUCAUAACAUCAUUGAGGUAGCACUUGAAGCACCGAAGAAGAAGUCUGGUUACUUUGCUGCACCUGCCCAACAAGAUCCUGAGGAUAAGUUAAUUAUACCGCCCAGCCUUGAACAAGAUGUUCGAGAGCAGCUGAGAGGCCAGAGUCCUGUGGUUUCUGGUCCUCUGCCACCCUUAACACCUCCCACAAGCAGAGAUUUAAAUUGGGAUCACCCUCAACCUGGUCUGCCCCCUGCUACCUUUCAACAGGAGGUCUAUGACACUGCUCUUUAGUGAGUACUAACCGAGAUGACAUACUGUGCCAUAUUGUGGAGAGGGAAGUGGUUCAUUUUGCUGUGAUUAUUCAUUCCAGUUUUUAUUAAGCUCUAUCAUUGUGUAUAGACCUGCAUGUGCUUACAUAGUGACAUUCCCAUUUACUUGGAGCAGUCUCUGGUAAAUUUAAGGAGCGGGAAAUGUUGACAAAAAAGUGCACAAAUUUCAAGACUAGUGAAACAGUCUUGAAAUACGGCUGUCUAGAAGAAACCACAACGUAAACUAAAAUACCUCAUAUACAAUCUUGCAUAACUAACAAGCUACAUGGCCCUUUACGACAUCAUUUGGCAGUAGGGUUCUUUGGGCUUAAACCAUGACCAAAAGGUAAGAAAAGUGCCUAUUGCAGAUGGUUCCGGCUCUACAGGGCAACCAUUAGUCUGAUGCACUUUCACUGUUACCAAGAAUUGCCAAUUUAUUUUUUCCUGCCUAACACAAAAUAUUCAAUCGUUUUCAUUGUAAACAUAUGAUUUGGAGAUUCAGGAAGCUCUGAAGGAAGGAAGCAAGGAAGGAGGGAAGCUCACAUUCUAUUAUAUUUCUGGUGGAAUGCAGAUUGCAGAACAAAACAACUUAAACUAUGGGAAGGAUGGCGCACACGGUUCAAUUUUCUGUAACCUUCUGAACAAAAUAUGCACGCACACCACAUCUUGUAGUGGUGGACAUUGGUAAGAGUGGUGGUUCUUGCCAAGAAUGUGACUGAGAAGUGGAACUAAUCAAACUUGAUAUGUCUUAUUAUUUCCUGAUGCAUCUGAUCAUCUCUGGCCAAUCAGAAAGAGUCUGUUAUUAAACUGGUUGAAAUCACAGCUUAUUAGAAGUACUUGAAGCGUGCCAUUAGAGACUGAAUUAUCAAAGCACUCAUGCCUAAUGUUUUUGAGGCUAAAAUACUGUACAUUCUUGGUCUUUGCACUAAAAGUGCUGCAAAGUAACACUGGUAAUGAUAGAGCAUGAAUGGGGUAUUUUUCAUGAUAUAUUUGAACCGCUAAGCUAAUUAAUUGUGAAAAGGGUACAUUAUAACCAUUAUAUAUAUAUAUAUAUAUAUAUAUAUAUAUAUAUAUAUAUAUAUAUAUAUAUAUAUAUAUAUGUGUGUACAUGUUCUCCCAAAUGGGUCUAUGUCUGUCCACAACACCUGGUUUCACCUGAUAAUGAUGAGAUUUUCUUUGCCUUGUACCUUAAUUUUUCUUUUUGUUUGUCAAAUAAGAGGCCUAUCUGUUCCAGCAUGACAAUGUCCAUAUGCACCAUGGAAACAUAGUUGUUGGUGUGAAGGAAACUCAAUUGUCUUGCACAGAGCUUUGACCCUAAUCCUAUUGAAUACCUUUAGGGUGAACUGGAACUGGAGCUUCCUUGACAUCCCAACAUGUGUGACAGAUCUCACUAAUGCUCUUGUAGCUGAAUGAACUCAAAUUCACACAGCCACACUCAAAAGCAUUCUCAGAAAAAUGCUGCUUAUAUACAUCAAUGAAGGAGUACAUAUGUAAUGUAUUAAUCGACCAUUAAUAUACUAAUAAUGGUUAAAUUCUACAAACCUUUGCCACAUGGUGCAUGACUGUUGCAUUCAUCUCAGCAAGAAUCUUAAGUAAGAGAUGAAACCAAAACGACCACCUUCAUGAGGUGAUGGAUUGGCUUAGAAAUUUGAAACCCGUUUGUUUGUUUUCUUGCUAUGUUUUUACCAACUUUCUCAAGCAAAUGUUCUCACUACAAUCUGAGUGUUUUUGUGUGUAUUUUUGUUUAGAGAUCAUUUCUGACCCUUAAAGCUACUCUGUUAGUGAACACUCUCAUCAACAGCUGUUAGAGUGAGGAGAUAACCAGACACGGCAGGGCUCCAGACUGCGACUAAAAUGCGACCAAAAAUAUUAAUACUUUUUGCCUAGAUCCAGAAACUGCGACCAUAUCAAUUAACACGUUAUGACCGAAAAAAACGCUUGUUGUGAAUUUUAUGUGCGUGUUCUGUGAGUAACGGACUUUCCCAUAAUUUGUUGAAGUAAUGCUGAAAACAGACGCAUGCGCCGCUUACGCUUGAGUUAAAGCGCCAAAAUACCCGGGCAGUUAAAGCAAAACUCACCUUUCCGCAUCAAAUAAAAACAUGUAGAAACUAAAAAACAUCAGACUUUUUCAAAGUCUCCAUCUCUGUCCAAGGCUUCCGCUGAUGACACACCUGGUAGUAAAAAAAGCAGGCUGCAGUUGUGCCAGCGUUGGAGAAAGGGAGAACAACAGAGACACUGAGAACCAUCUU